AUGGGGGGCCCUACUCCGUACUCGGUACAAGGUGCUGACAAGGCCCGACGACUGCCAGAAUUCACCGCUUGCCGGGAUGAUCGGCCCUGCAGCGCCAAGAACCGAUCACUGUCGGACUACGCCCAGGCAGCAGGAAUACUCAUUUUUCGAAUAGAACGUCUUGGAUAUUAUGGGACCAUUGCUGCUUCCAAAUACGGUACUGGUAACUGUUCUCUGAUCGAUUGCCAGCAAUUGCCCUGUAUACGGAAACAGUUCGAUGUUUCGAUGUAUCGCCGCUCUCCCUCGACCGCCGGUGAAGCUGCAAACCAGCAGAUAAUAAAAUGCCAACAAUCCGAUGAGUAA